UGUUCUCACCUUUCAUUGCAACCAUAAAACUUUAAUACAAUGGCAAUUUGUCACUAUAAAUAAAUGCUUAGAGUUAUUUGCACAUUAACUCUCACACCAAUAAUGAAGUCCCUUCGUCUUGUAGCAACUUCUCUGUCUUGUGUUGUGCUUGUGCUUGUGCUUGGAGGAUUACCAUUCUCCAUAGAUGCACAACUUAGUCCAUCUUUUUACAACAAAACAUGUCCAAAUGUUAGUUCUAUUGUGACCCAAAUUCUAACAAAUGUUUCCAAGACUGAUCCUCGAAUGCUCGCCAGCCUCGUCAGGCUUCACUUUCAUGACUGCUUUGUUCAAGGCUGUGAUGCUUCUGUUUUGCUGAACAACACUGCUACAAUCGUAAGCGAACAAGAAGCGUUUCCAAAUAACAACUCUUUAAGAGGUUUAGAUGUUGUAAAUCAGAUCAAAACAGCCAUAGAAAAAGCUUGUCCCAACACUGUUUCUUGUGCUGAUAUUCUUACACUUUCUGCUCAAGCUUCUUCUGUUCUUGCACAAGGUCCCAGUUGGACAGUUCCUUUAGGAAGAAGAGAUGGCUUAACUGCAAACCGAACGCUUGCGAAUCAAAAUCUUCCAGCUCCUUUCGACGCAUUGGAUAAACUCAAAGCUGCAUUUAAAGCUCAAGGACUCGAUACUACUGAUCUAGUUGCUCUCUCUGGUGCUCAUACAUUUGGAAAAGCUCAUUGCUCUUUCUUCGUUGGCCGAUUAUACAACUUCAGCAAUACUGGAAAACCCGAUCCAUCUCUCAACACAACCUACUUGACACAAUUGCGCACGAUAUGUCCCAAUGGUGGACCUGGCACCAACCUUACCAAUUUUGAUCCAACGACUCCUGAUAAAUUCGACAAAAACUAUUACUCGAAUCUUCAGGUGAAAAAUGGCUUACUCCAAAGUGAUCAAGAACUGUUCUCAACAUCUGGUGCAGAUACCAUUAGCAUUGUCAACAAAUUCAGCGCAAAUCAAAGCGCUUUCUUUGAGAGCUUUAAGGCUGCAAUAAUCAAAAUGGGCAAUAUUGGUGUGUUAACUGGCAGCCAAGGAGAGAUUAGAAAGCAAUGCAACUUUGUUAAUUCAAAAUCAGCAGAGCUAGAUAUAGACACUAUCGAGUCUAUUGAUUCAUCAGAGGAGGAUGGUAUUGUUAGCUCAAUAUAAAUAAACUAGGAUCAUUGUACUUUAAAUUAUGUGAUUAGAGAGGCCACUAAUAAAUCGUAAGUUAUAACUAGGGACCUUCAUGUCACUUGAAAUCCUAUGCUUUGUAUGUGAGAGAACAUGAUCUUGUAUUAUGAGUACUCACAUUAAUAUAUCAAAUAAAGCUUUAAGUACACUUUACUA